CUUUCCAGAAUAUUUCGGAUAUUUAUAUCUGGUAUAAUUCAGGUCAUUUCUGGAAGAAUGACAAGCUUUAAGACUGAGAGAGAAAUUAGCGAUGCCGACAGGAAAAAAAUUGAGACGGUUUUUCAUCAGUCUGAUCUGGGCAGGAAAGGUUAUUUGUCCCGAGAAGAUUUUAAGGUAGCAGUGGUCAUGUUAUUCGGAUAUAAACCAUCGAAGUCGGAGACAGAUAUGUUGAUGGAGUCUGGCUCUUAUAAGGAGUGGCCAGGGGUCCCACUGAAUCGGUUUACGUCUCUCAUGGGGCGGAAGAUGUCAGCAGAAGAUCCGUAUGAGAAGAUGAGGCAGAUCUUCAGUGCUUUUGAUGUUCACUGUCGUGGCUUCUUGAAACUGGAGGACUUCAAAAGCGCCUUCAAGCGAGUUGCUCCCCACCUGCCAGAGAGAACAGUGCUUGAGGCUUUCCGGUACGUGGAUCUGGAUUCUGAUGGUCAUGUCAGCUUUAAGGACUUCGAAAAUGUCAUCAGCUAUGGUUUGGCAAACAUCUGAGACUACAUAAAGAGAUUGAAAAUUUCAGAUGACCGUAACCAGACUAGACACCAUAUUUGCACAACUAUUUAAAUUCAUUUAAUUGAUUUGACAGAGCUGUGAGCAAUACACCUACAUCUUGAUCAAUAGGUUGUGCUUUCUUAAGGUCACCUCGACUUAAUUCACAACCCAAGUCUUCUGAAAUUUUUGGAUAGACAUAUUAUCUAUCCCACAGUUUGUUGAUAAUACAACUGAACAGUAUGACAUUUUAUAUCUCACAACUAAACAUUCGCACCUAACACAUCUACAACACUGUGUUUUUUACGUACUGUUGCAUUAAAAGCUUGACAGUAAGAUUUUCAUUCAAGCCGACUGCUUUUAUAUAUGAUUGUUGCCACCAUUUGGCCUUGUCUGUUGAAAAGCAGACACUUCACAGUCUUGACACUUAGGUUUAAUGAUGAGUUUUCAUGUUGUAUUGGUCUAGUUGGUCCAAGGCUGUGCCGUAUAAUGGAGAACUACGGAUUUCUAUUGUGCAGUUGCCUUACAAACUGCAUUACAUUUAAUCCAAACUCUUAAGUUAUAAUUCACUAGGUAACAAAGCAAUAUUUUCCUUCAUAUCCUCACUCGCCCAAUCCGCUGUGAUAUUUCAUAGCCUCUGAAAUGACUUCAGUGAAUUUAGUUACGGUACAGCAGCUGGACAGAUUCCCCUCCCUCAUUCCAUUUUCAUCUGCAAAAUAGGCAGGUUGCCUCAAAAUUGAAUAUUAACCAUCACAUUCGCAUUCAGUUUAUGUGAACCUCCCUUCUACCGACAUAUAUUAAAAACCCAAAGCGUUCAGGAGGGAUUUUAUGUGGCUUCACUUGUUACACAAGAUUAUGGAACUGUAAAUACUUGUUUGUGUUUUGAGAGAUUUG